CUGGUAGAAUUGCGAAAGAGUCACCAUAGAAGAAGAAAACAGUUCACAAACCCCCACGAAGAAGAACAACGAGGAAGUCUGAUACAAGAAAUAACUUUUGUUGCCAGCUAAACUUCAGUAAACUAACCAGCCUGCGUGUCUGUCAACAACCCGAGGAUCAACAUGUCUUCAGGUGCCCUAUUCCCCAGCUUGGUGUCAGGCUCCCGGGGCUCGUCCAGUAAAUACCUGGUGGAGUUUCGUGCCGGUAAGAUGACCAUGAAGGGUAGCACAGUGACACCGGACAAACGUAAGGGCAGUGUGUACGUCCAACAGACGGACGACUCCCUCAUCCACUUCUGCUGGAAGGACCGGGGGUCUGGAAACGUUGAUGAUGACCUGAUCAUCUUCCCUGAUGACUGUGAGUUCAAGAAGGUGAGCCAGUGUACUACUGGACGUGUGUUUGUGCUUAAGUUCAAGGCUGGAUCCAAGAGGCUGUUCUUCUGGAUGCAGGAGCCUAAAUCAGACAAAGAUGAGGAGUAUUGCCGUAAGGUGAAUGAGUACCUGAACAACCCUCCCAUGCCUGGAGCACUGGGCAGUGGAGGUAGUAGCAGCCACGAGCUGUCUGCUCUAGGAGGUGAGGGUGGCCUGCAAAGCCUCCUGGGUAACAUGAGCCAUACACAGCUGAUGCAGUUGAUUGGACCAACUGGUCUGGGAGGACUUGGUGGUCUAGGGGCCCUAGCAGGACCAGGUCUGGCCAGUCUGUUAGGCAGUGGAGGCCCUGCUACCAGCUCCUCAUCCUCCAGCUCCCGUAGUCAGUCUGCGGCCGUCACCCCGUCUUCCGGUUCCACCGCCACCCGGAUCAGUUCGACCGUGGCCCCCACCACUCCGGUUACCCCCGCUGCCACCUCCGCUGCCUCCCCCACUGUCACCCCCACCACUCCUGCUGCCCAGACCCCUGUAGUGCCUGCAGCCGUCGGUUCCCCCACCCAGCCCAUCCAGCUCAGCGACCUGCAGAGCAUCCUGGCCACUAUGAACGUACCGGCCAUGUCGGCUGCCGUCGCCGUACAAGGAGGUGACGUGGACCUGGCCAGUGUGUGUACCCCGGAGAUCAUGGCUCCUAUCCUGUCUAACUCUGAGGUACAGCAGAGGCUUCUACCCUACCUGCCCUCGGGAGAGUCUCUACCUCAGAGUGCAGAAGAGAUCCAGAACACACUCACCUCACCACAGUUCCAACAGGCGAUGAGUAUGUUUAGCAGUGCCUUGGCGUCAGGACAGCUCGGACCUCUCAUGAACCAGUUUGGUCUGCCCUCAGCGGCUGUUGAUGCAGCUAACAAAGGAGAUGUGGAAGCGUUUGCCAAAGCCAUGGAAGGGACUGACAAGGAUAAAGACAAGAAGGAUGACGAUGAGGACAUGAGUCUGGAUUAGAAGAUCUGAUCUGGAGUCUCUUGACACUGUCCUUGUUUUCUGUUACUUUACUGCAGUACAGCGCUAGUCUGGAGUGUUGCCUAAACAAAUAUCCUGCAUUUCUCAGAUGCAUCUUUACAGAAAAUACAUGUGCCAACGAUCGAAUAGCUUGUGUAUUCAAAGCAAUGACAUUAGCAGAAAUUAGUAAAAUAAUUAAAGUUACCAAUGCCUUUCUCUUUUUAUUAAAAGCAAACAAUUGAGCACAAAGAA